AUGCCUCUCUCAUCGCUUCUCCGCACUUCCGCCCGUCUGGGGCCGACAGCCGCUCGCAGGGCGAGAAGGGCGGCGUCGACGGUGUCUGGGAACACCGCUCAGUCUCAGAAGUCACUGGACUCUAUUCUUAUUGCGAAUCGGGGCGAGAUUGCGCUACGGGUUGGACGCACCGCCGCUCAGCACGGCAUCCGCGUUACUACGCUCUACACCGACCCCGAUAGCCGCGCGCAGCAUGCUCUGAGCUCGCCCUUUGCCUUUAACUUGGGCUCCGUUUCGGCGUAUCUAGACGGCGACCGGAUUAUCGAGAUUGCAAAGCGAGAGGGUUGCCAGGGAAUUCAUCCGGGUUAUGGUUUUUUGAGUGAGAAUUCCGCCUUUGCGCGGAAAUGCACAGAGGCAGGGUUGGUCUUCAUCGGACCGCCUUGGAAGGCGAUUGAAGACAUGGGUGACAAGAGCCAGUCGAAACACAUCAUGACUGCGGCGGGCGUGCCCUGCGUCCCCGGCUACCACGGCGAGAACCAAGAUCCCCACUUUCUCGAGGCCGAGGCCGACAAAAUUAAGUACCCUGUUCUUAUUAAGGCAAUCAAAGGAGGCGGUGGCAAGGGCAUGCGCAUUGCGCAGUCCAAGGAGGAGUUCCAGGCGCAACUCCAAUCCGCGAAAUCGGAGGCUAUGAACUCGUUCGGCGACGACCAUGUGCUGGUUGAGAAGUACAUCACCACCCCACGUCACAUCGAGGUGCAGGUCUUCGCAGACAAGCAUGGCAAUUGCGUUGCCCUGGGGGAACGGGACUGCAGUAUUCAGCGACGUCACCAGAAGAUCCUCGAGGAAUCUCCUGCUCCUCACCUCCCCGAUGCAACGAGGAAGGAUCUCUGGGCCAAAGCUCGAGCUGCUGCCUUAGCCGUAGGUUACGAGGGGGCCGGAACCGUCGAGUUCAUUUUCGACAACGACACCGGCGAGUUCUUCUUCAUGGAGAUGAACACUAGGCUCCAGGUGGAGCAUCCCGUGACGGAGAUGGUCACCGGCCAGGAUCUGGUUUACUGGCAGCUCAAGGUCGCGGAGGGUGCUAAGCUCCCGUUGACUCAAGAGGAGGUAGAAACCCACAUGGAAACUAGGGGACAUGCAAUCGAGGCCCGAAUCUACGCCGAGAAUCCCAACCAGGGCUUCAUCCCGGAUUCGGGAACUCUCCUGCAUGUGCGCACCCCUGCAGCCACCGAAGAUACGCGGAUUGAUGCAGGCUUCAUCGAGGGGGACGAGGUCUCGGCACAUUACGACCCCAUGAUUGCAAAACUUAUUGUCCGUGGCGAGACUCGCGAAGACGCAAUCCGCAAGCUCGCUACAGCGCUGGAGGAGUAUGAAGUUGCCGGCCCCAUAACAAAUAUUGAGUUCCUGAAGACCAUCUGCAAAAGCCCGGAUUUCAUCGCAGGCGAGGUCGAGACGGGGUAUAUCGCGAAACACCAUGAUGAACUGUUCGCACAGGAGCCAAUGGAGCCGGAGUUACUUGCACAGGUGGCGUUGGCCUGCCUGCAUCACAACACGGUCCAAUCCUCAUCGCGGGAUCAGGCCAGUUUUGAAGGAUCUGCAGUAGGAUUCAGCCCCAGCUACCAGGCGCGGCAGAUGACGCUCGCGGACUCGACCCCCGGAAUUAAGGAGCCGGCUAAAUUCAACGUGCGAGUCCAGCAAACCGGAGACAACACGUUCAAUGUCGAAGCUGGCGGACAAUUGUUUGAACAAGUGGUCAGCCACAGCGACCGCGGGUCAAACAUUGUCACCUCCUUUUUCCCGCACACCCGGCUCGACACGACAGUCAUUCGCGACGAGGACUCGAUCAUCGCAUUCCAAAGGGGCAAGCAAUACCGCUUGACGACACCCCGCGCGCCAUGGAUGGAGAAAGCGCUGGGUCUUAAGGACGCGACGAACAGCGUGCUGGCACCGAUGCCGUGCAAGGUGCUGCGCGUGGAAGUCCAGGCGGGCGACGCGGUGGAAAAGGACCAGCCGCUGGUGGUGAUUGAGAGCAUGAAGAUGGAGACGGUGAUCCGCAGCCCACAGAAGGGGACGAUUGCCAAGGUGGUCCACCAACAAGGAGUAAGUCAUGUGCCCCCUACCCCGGUCAAAUUGCAUGAUGCAGACCCCAUUUAUUUCCCGAUUCUCUGGGGCUAUUGCGGCUAG